GUUUGUGGUCUGUGUGUGUAUGUUUGUGUUUGUGUGUGUGUGUUUUCUCCUGAGGUUUAAAUUAUUAACUUCUCUUUGUUUUUUUGCUUUGGUUCUCGAUAGGCAAUCUGAUAAAAUCCCGGUGAGAAACGGCAAUUGCUGGUUUUGCCGAGAUGUCACGGCACCACAGCCGGUUUGAAAGAGAUUAUCGCACAGGAUGGGAUCGGCGGGAGUGGAAUGCCAAUGGGAAUCAUGUGAACAGCAACAGUAACUGUAACAGCACAGUGAACAGCAAUAGCAACAAUAGGCCAGGUCUUCUGCCUGUACCAAUUGUCCAAUCCAGAUUGCAUGCACCGGCCACAGGGGUUUGCACUACUGUGAACAGCGAUGUGAUAACUACCCUUGCAGCCAGUAAUUCUGCAGCCUCAACAACCAAAACACUUUCCAUUUCCAAGACAGAUAAUCAACCACAAGGAUUAGCAACCAGUGUAAGGUGGGGACAGACACCCAUCAAUCAGUCUACUCCCUGGGAUACAGAUGAGCCACCAUCUAAACAAAUGAGGGAGACCGAAAACCCAGGUACAGCUCCAUGGGUUACAACAGUUGCAGCAGGUAGCCAACCAACUCUCAUAACUCAUUCUUAUGGGAUGAAUCAGCCACCGACCUUCAGCCCAGCAGUCAACGUCCAAGCCCCUGUCAUUGGAGUCACACCCUCACUCCCUCCACAUGUUACCCCCCAGCUUCCAUUAAUGCCAGCUCAUUACCAGCUUCCGCAGCAGCCUUCACGGCCUCUCAGUAACAUGGUUGUGAAUCUGCAAAGCCAGCCUUUGUACACAAACAGUCAACCCAUUACUAUGUCUUCUAUGACUGGGGUUGGUCAGGUGACUCACCCAGGCCAUGGGGCAGUAGGGAAUGGUCACAUGACUUGUCCUAUCCUGCCUCCACCACCACCUGCUUUGCCUUCAGCUGCCCUACCUAAUAGUGUUCCAGCCACCAAUGGGCAGGCUGCUCCUCAGCUUCCUCCUAACUCGACGGGCAAUCAGGACAACACAAAUGGGGUGCAGAUGCUACGAACUGUUGGUGUGGGGAAAUACGAGUUUACAGAUCCAUGGCAUCCAAAAGAAAUGUUGAAGGAGUUGAACCAGCAACGCAGAGCGAAAGAGUUUACAGACCUGAAAAUUAUUGUUGAAGGCAAAGAGUUUGAAGUCCACCAAAAUGUUCUAGCUUCCUGCAGCUUGUAUUUCAAGGACCUGAUUAAAAGGUCACCCCGGGACAGUAGCCGAAGCAGUGAGAAGCUGGAGCUGGAAUUAUCAAAUCUCACAGCGGAUGUUCUGGAACUGCUGCUGGAAUUUGUUUAUACAGGUUCCUUAGUAAUAGAUUCCGCCAACGCCAAAACUCUUCUCGAGGCUGCCAGCAAAUUCCAGUUUCAUACAUUCUGCAAAGUCUGUGUCUCUUUUCUAGAAAAACAGUUGACUGCUAGCAAUUGCUUAGGAAUAUUAGCCAUGGCUGAAGCAAUGCAGUGCAGCGAACUCUACAAUAUGGCCAAGGCCUACGCCCUGCAGAUUUUCCCAGAAGUGGCAAAUCAAGAGGAGAUACUUAAUAUCUCAAAGGAUGACGUCAUUUCCUAUAUGUCAAAUGACAGCCUAAACACAAAAACAGAAGAACUGGUUUACGAAACAAUGAUAAAGUGGAUUAAAAAAGAUCCCUCCAUCAGAGCACAGGUAAGGAUAUAGCAGAGUUUAUGAGAUU